AUUAAAUGUAAAAUAUUUGUUAAGAUAAUAUAAUUGAUGGUAAAAGAAAAAGAGUAAUGUCAACUGAUGGUGUAUUAGCAUGUGUUACAACAAAUAUUUUGAAAGGGUGUGUUUAAUAAAAAGGUAAUAAAUUAAAAAGAAAUAAAAUAUUAAAAAAGAAAAUUAUCAAUGAAAAAGAAUCAGAUAGUUCUUUAGUUUAAGUGUUUGAAAAACCUUAAAAGAAAAAGGAAGAAAAAGUUAGAAUAACUAAAAGUGCUCUUAAAGAAUUGAUUAGUUAACAUUUCUUAAUCAUUGAUGAUGAAGAAUAGAAAUAAUAAAAGGUAAUAAAAAUCCUUCAAAUUAUUAGGCUAAAAAAUAAAUCAAAUUUUAAACAAAUCAAUUAGAUAGUGAUAGUUCUAAUCAAAAUUAAUCAUCAUCUGAAGAUAUUCCUUAAAGAAAUAAACAUAAGCCAUGA